AUGUCAGGAAACCCUAUUCCUCAGUUAGUAAACAUAUCACAUGCCUUACAAUCGACCUUUAUACAGCAGAUUAGAACGGAGAUCAAAGAGUUUUCAGAGGCUGCUAAGUUAACGCAAGAGCAAACGGAGAAGAUAAAUAAAUAUAUUGGUUCUGUGAAACGGGCUUUUGCUGACUUUACAAAGGAUAAUGAACACAUUGAGCGUAGAGGCCCUGGGGUAACUGCCGCGGACAUCCAAUUAUACAUGGGUUUGAAAGCCAUGUACGCUGACUAUCUUUCUCAACUAGUAAAACUUCAAGAGAGUAAAGUGCUGAGCAAAGUGCCGAGCGCUAGAGAGCAGCAACCCAAGGAGGAAGCAGUCGAUACUUCUCAAUUGAACUAUAUCACGGAUGAGUUGCCAUACAAGCAGCCAACUGAAAGGAAAAGGUACAUUGAUUCUCUACUGAAAUCUUCAACCACGAACCUUCCAAAAUCGACGCCUAUUUUUGAAGGUAUUGUCAAACUUGCUACUCUAGACUCUACUGUUGUGGAGAAUGUUCAGUCUUAUGUUGCAAUCCUUCGUAAAAUUGGGUUUGAGCGGUCCAAGGUUCUGGCAAGCAUACCGCUGCCCUCUAACGGUAUAAAUGCAGAUGAUGGCUCAGCUAAGAGCUAUGCGAAACCGACAAGAAAGCCAGAGCCUGUCGAAGAAAGGCCACAAAGGAUAGAAGCCAGCCAGGAGGAGCCGAAAAAGAAAAUAUCGUUCUCAAGAUAUUUGAAAAAGAAUGACACAGAGGAGGAUAGUAAACGUGCUUUGAAUGAUUCCGAAGCUACAUCUUCAAAACGCCAAAAACGACCCACGGAUAAAGACUCUUCAGAAAUCAAGAUUGCCUCGAUAUUGAAGGACGAUAAUUUGACGAAAAAAACAAAGACGAAUCCAAUACGAUUCGCAGUCGACGAAAAGCUCAUAACGGUCUACGGUGAUGAGCUUCCCCCAAGUGGCUUGAAAGUUUCCCCUCAGAAAUUGAAGAAAAUAUUGAAGCCUUUCAACGCUGGGGAGCCGAGAGAGCUGGCAUUAUCAGCAUGGAAAAAUCAAAAAGUUUUUGAAUUUUCGUUUCGAGAGAAUGUGCAAGAUACAGAUAUUGUGGAAACGCGAGGCGGGCCUAUUUCUUGCCUGACUGAAGCUCCGCCCAAUUAUCGUCAUGGCUUUUCUUCUUUUAGCAAGGAAUUGAAUAAAAUGCAUAAAGAGCCUGCUGAUCUAGAGAAUUUUGCGAACAAUAGCGCAUCCAGGCUUUCGAAGCCACUUAUUGUUCGUGCCUUUGGUAAGAAUGCUCUGUUAUUAAAAAAAGAUAGAGGUGGAAUUCCCUACAAACCCGUUCCGGAAGUUAAGAGAAACGAAUAUCCUGUGAAUAGCUAG